AUGAGGAGUCAGAUCAACUACUUCCAGCAAGCAGCAGAGCAGGCAGCGAGCAGAGAGAACCUGAUGCAAGCCGCCGAGGGCGUGUUAGAGAACGUCAGCGAGAAGAUACAGCGGAUUCGGAACCUAGUGAAUCGGGCAGCCCCCUUGGCCAGGGUUAAAUCAGACCGCGACGAGCUCCAGCUUGAGAUCGACGAACUCCGAACCGAUACCCAGCGCGAGCUAGACACCGCGACAUUCAACGACAAGCAGCUGUUCGACCCUAGUGGUGAGACCACCUUCAAUUUCCAAGCUGGCGCGAACGCAGACGAGAUAAAGAACGUGUGA